AUGGAGGAAAAUUUCUCUCCUGAAGAAAGAAUAGGCAGCCUAAAGCAGUGUGCUAAAAAUACUUCUAGACCCAAACAGCCUGACAAGUGCCCUGAACACGUAAAUAAUUUUUCUCUUAGUGGGCCAACUUGGAUUCCAGUGGGACACAAAGGGUCUGUAAGUAAGUCCACCUCUGUUUUGGAGUCCAAGGUUAAAGCUCUUAAAGAGAAAAGGAACCUCAUAAACAAGCGAACUGAAGCAACAUCCCAGGAAGAGGCUUCUCUAAAGAAGCUUAAAGCAUGCGACGGAAAGCCACCAACAGACCCUGCUCUUCAAAAUGCAGUAGUGGAGCCACAAGCUCAAAUCCGCACUUAUUUGACAGAUUUGCUGCUGGACAGCACUGAGUACCCACAUCAGUUGCAGGAGGAAUCUCAGGGAACAGUCCUUCCAGAGCCAUACAUCAAUGAUUUUGACCCACAAUCUAUGGAAACAGGAGAGCCCACAGGCAUGAGCUUACCAAAAGAAUUCAGGAGGCUGCCCGGAAGAGACAUACCAGAUAAAAAGUGUUCUUUAGAAAAUGCCACAAACAAGACAUCUUUAAGUGCCAUCUCUGGAAUUGGCUCUUUGAAAGACCUUUCCUUUAUUCCAAAAUCUUUUGAAGAAACAAAUGGUAAAGAAAACCAUCUAAUUCGCCCUAAGGAGUUUGACGGCAGUUCUUUUAUGAAAAGGAAUGACACGUCUGAGAUGGCAUCAGCUGGGAGGAUAUGGAGAACAGAGAGCUGGGACAGUCUUGGCAGUAGCAGCAGCAAUGUCAGUACUUUAUCUUUAGCAGAGAGAGUGGAAAGAAACCGGUCUAAGUUGCAGGAGAUGCUGAGCACAUCACAGUUGAACAGCCGUUGCUCACAGGAACCACAUACUUUGGAUACUUACCGGAAGGAAACCCAAAACCUUGGAAAUAAUGGGCCUAAUAAUGAGAUUGUGCCAAACGAUGGAGCCUGGGAUUCUAAUGUCUCCUUACAGGAUUCUGAAGACUAUCGGGUCUUUGUUCCUAACCAAAAGCUGGAGCUGAGCCCCAGGCAUGAACAGGCCAAGCAGCUGCUACAGAGAGCUCGUAUGAAGGCCAGGACAAACCCACUCAGAGCUAGCCAUAACAUCCUACUUACUGCCCCCCCAGAAAAGAGGGAUACCUGUAGAUCCUCUGUUGCAGAUGCAAAAGAUUUUGUUUUGAAGGAUGAAAAUUUACACACUAGUGGGAACCAGAGUGAUUCAUCUAGUGGUGAGUCCAGCUAUGGGCAGCAGAGGAAGCAAGGACUAUCGUCUCGAGUGCGUUUUGAGGAUGAAUCUGCAAGGGACGCUGAAGUUCGCUAUUUGGAACGCCUGCAGCAACGUCAGAAACGGCCCUUAGAUUCAGUUCUGUUAUCUCUUGGCCAGGGCCCACUGCUCUCCAAACCAGAUCUUGCUGGCUAUAUAAACGGUGACCUCCAGCGUAAAGAGAGUAGCAUCAAGAAAUCUAGCUGGGAACAUCAAAGCAUGGGACAGGGAGCAAAAAUGCGUACUCACCAGAGCAAUGGAGGAUGUUUUGAAAAAGUCAAUAAAGAAAGGAAGUGUAGUGCCUGUGGGUCUUAUAUCAACAAUUCAGCAGACACUAGAAUCAACCAAAAUGGGAAUGGCAAAUAUGAAAUUGCCAAUGUCCUUCCUGGAGGCAGUGAUACUGUUCAUACUAACGGAAACAAAGAGCUUGGUGCUUCCCAGGAGAACUCACGGACAAAGCCUCUAGGUCCCAAAAGGACUCCAUUGUGGAUCCUUCCUUCUCGGCAGCGUGUUUUUGCAGAAUGCAUCAGGGAGACGUAUAUUGGUGAAAUUACUAGUGCUGAAGAUGUGGACUCAGCUUUAGGUAGCACCACUGACACAUCAGAUAGCUACAGGACAGACAGUGAAGAAGCUGGCAUCAGCAGUCGGCAAUUUGUAAUCAAAAAUUGCCAUGGUGUCCCUAGGCCAUUGUGUUCUUCAGAGAAGAAAGCCAACACUGUUAACAGGGACAGGGAAUGGGGAAAUGGCAGCUGCAAAAAUAGUAAAGAAAUUAUUUGGGGUAAUGUUCCUAACGUAAGCAGAUUGGAAAUUGGGUCAGGUACUGACGAAGCACAAAUUUGUAGCUUGCAGGGGGGCUCUGAGGUAAAAGAUCAGGAGACUCAAACAGCCAUUCCAAGAAGCAACCAGCUACUGAAUCUGUGUCAAAUGGAGAAAGAAGACAAAGACAAAGCACAAACAAAGGUACAUGGUGCCCAGUUGAGAGAAUCUGUAUCUUCCAUCUAUUCUCAGCAGUUGCUUUUUCAAGGUGGUAUAAAAAUUCCUAUGAACAGACCAGUCAUUAAUUUAUGCCAAACCAAGCAACAUACAAAGCAGAUGGCCACUACCAACAAUUUAACGAAUCUAAUACCAGCACCCCCUGCUACUGGAAAAGUCCACUCCUCCCCAAUGUCUUACAGGAGAGCUGUUUUAACAGGCAGCCACAAAUUGAUCAAACAGGAUCCUGGGCAUAUAAAUAAAGAACUAUCAGUUUCAGCUGCCUCUCCUGGUUUCCAGGAUGUGGGUGUAUCUGGGCUAGAGGAGCAUAAUGGCCAGCAGAAUCCAGGGAUAUUCUCUGAACAUUUGGCUUCAUCCUCCAAUAAUCACAAUAACAUAUCUACCAAGUCAGAGCCCAAAACCAUAAUAACUGGCAGAGAUGAGCAACUUCAGGAGAGUGAGAAGAUGGGAAAAAAUCAAGGUCCAUCAUCCUCAACAUGUGGUGUUCCCCCUGUUGCUCCCAAUGUCAUCAGUUCCACUGCUAUUAAUAUCUCCCUGACAACUGAAGAGACCAACUUCACAAUCUCCACUCAGUCAAUCAGUAGAGAAGCUCCAGUAGCAGCUAUGCCGAAGAUAAAACCUGGGCAAGCAAAUAUUAUUCAAUGCAAACACUUAGAGGUCUACCCGCAGCCAAAGAAACAGCAAUCCACCAAGAAAGAAGUCUCUUCUACAUCAGGUUUUAAAAAAUUCUUCACCACUCUGAGUCAGAGCACGAAACAAAAAUUGGGCAGAUUCCGAUGUUAUAGCAUGGAACAGAUUUCUAUGCUAGAAUCAGGAGCUGCCAAGCCCAACAUGGAAACUGGUCCAGAUAACAUUUGUUCUCCGAAAAUAAAGAAAGUAUCUUCCUUACAAUCCUUGCAGAUGGUGUCACCUUUUAGCCAACCAAGAAAAGCCUCUUCUGUUCAAAAUCUGCAUUCCUUUUUGGGCAAGAAUAAUCGGUCCAAUGUCUACCUGGUAGGGGAACCUAAGGAUGAAGAAGCUUCUUCUAACAGGAAAACAAGGACUCAGCACAGAAGAUCCCUCAGUGUGGAGGACAUUGGGUCCCCUAACUUGGCGAGAACCGUUGGGCGGGUGGUAGCGGUUUUUCCAGAUGGAACUAGUCAAUUAGAAUUGCAGCGGUCCCAACAAGGCAACUUUGGAUUUCGUGUUUCCUCAGGGAAUGGUCGUCCUGAUACAGGUAUCUACGUCCAGGAGAUGGCAGACACCAGUACAGCUAAACUCUAUGCUGGACUCCUAGAAGUUGGGGAUGAGAUACUUGAAGUAAACGGUGCCAAGGUUGCUGGGCUGGGCCUAGCCCGGAUCAAUGAACUGCUGCUGUGGGCAGAGACGCUCUCCCUGCGAGUGCUGAAGCAGAGGCCUCUUCGGCAGUAGCAGAAGAGGAGACCCUUGCGAGGGAAGCU